AUGUGCUUAAUCACCCAGAACCCUGAGCUCUGCAAUCAUCAGGAGUGUCUAUAUUUUUACUCAGGUUUUGCCCAAGGCUUGCUUUCCUACACGCAGUCUUCAGAAAUCGACCGUGCAUGCUCAAUUGUCAAUAGUCAGAACACGAUGCUGCAUAUGAUAAUUAACAAGAACUUAGAGACUGAAAUUAUCUUAAACAAGGUUCAUUGUGAAGUACAACAGCUCUCAUUGUUUUUGUCGAAUCCAAGACACUCUGAGAUUAUUGUGGAGCAAUCUUACGAUUCAAGCGAGGUCUUUCAGCUAUUAAGAUCACGUUGAGAUUUCCAGUAUACUUUACAAUUGGAAUCGGAGCUCCCUCUGACACUCUAUAAAGAAAGAGGAUUUUCAUUGGCAGUAUCUCUUAGAAAUUCUUCCAAUGAAAAUGUAUUUUUAAAAAACCAUACUCGAUGCAAGGUGCUGCUUUUUACAUCAGACGAUGAGCCAAAGCUACUUAAAUGCAAUAUCCGUGGCAAGAAAAUCCUUCGCGGGACAACAGAAGCAGAAAUGAGCGAGCCGGGAAUAGUAAAGUUUGAAAAUAUGGUCAUAAAUGAAGUAAGUAGCCAUUACACGAACGAAGUUUUUUUAUUGGCGGUAAUAUGCUUAAGCAGUGGAGAUAUCAAACCGCUUGUGAUUGAAAACCUUAAUGUAAAGGCGAGAACGAUGCAAAAGAAAAAACAAAAAUUAGUAAAAAACUAA